CUAAUAUUUUAUCAAAUGGAAUUAUUGUUUAUAUUGGUGGAUUCGAAUAUUUGGCUGGUACUACUACAAACACUGCUAUAAAUAUAAAUCAUAUUAGACUUUUCGAUACUAAAAAAUAUGAGUGGUCACAAAUGAAUGCCAUUGGUGAAACUGUUGAUCCAAGGUGGUUUUUUACUUCUGUGUUAACACCAGAUGGAUAUAUUAUUAUACUUGGAGGUUGUACAUUUGAAGAAGAAUUUAGUAAUGUCUACUCCGUUAGCCCUACCCUUGCUAUGUUAGAUACAAAUAAAUCUCCUUUUGAAUGGUCCAUUCCUGAAA